CCUAUGCGCUUCUGCCUCCUCCCUCAGCCGCUCUAGCUCUCCAGUCUCCCCCCAGCACCUUCUUUCUCCGAUCCCUCUCAGCCAUGGCAGCCGCCGUCGAAUCAGCUCCCGUUUCCCAAGAGAAAAUUCUGCCCCACAACGACGUCAAGCUCUUCAACCGCUGGAGCUUCGACGACGUUCAGGUGAGCGACAUCUCCCUGCAAGAUUACAUCGGCGUCGCUCAGGCGAAGCACGCCACCUAUGUGCCUCACACUGCUGGCAGGUACUCGGUGAAGCGGUUCAGGAAGGCUCAGUGCCCAAUCGUCGAGAGGCUCACCAACUCUCUCAUGAUGCACGGAAGAAACAACGGCAAGAAGCUGAUGGCUGUUCGCAUUGUCAGGCACGCUAUGGAGAUCAUCCAUUUGCUCACUGACCUCAACCCUAUUCAGGUCAUCGUCGACGCUGUUGUUAACAGUGGUCCUAGGGAAGAUGCAACCCGAAUUGGGUCUGCUGGGGUUGUGAGGCGUCAGGCUGUUGAUAUUUCACCGCUCAGACGUGUCAAUCAGGCCAUUUAUCUGCUGACUACCGGGGCUCGUGAGUCCGCUUUCAGGAAUAUCAAGACGAUUGCAGAGUGCUUGGCUGAUGAGCUGAUCAAUGCAGCUAAGGGGUCCUCUAACAGCUAUGCUAUUAAGAAGAAGGACGAGAUUGAGAGAGUUGCCAAGGCCAAUCGUUAAGGUGCUGCAGAGAACAAUGACGCAACAAUGGGAGAGUUUUGCUUGCAUUCUUUUCUUUAUGCUUUAUUUAGACUUGUCUAUUGAGAUUAGAUAAUUCAUCCAUUUAGAUUGGAUGCUUUAAAUUAAAUGGCUGAAUGUUUUGGAUGACUUGAAUUUUGUUUAUGUUGAGUUCAUUUGAGCUGUGACAAUGUUGAGUCCCUUUAUAGGUUUCAAUCUACUGUCUGUUUACCCAA